AUGAGUGCGACUGGUACAGAGAGAAAUAGAGGAAAUUUGAAAAAGUUCAGUGCUUCCGGUGAGGAAUGGACAGCGUUCAUUGAUAAUCUUAGUAAGAGGGUUUCAAGACGUGUGAUAUGGGAUUUUUUUAGUCCAUAUGGUCAGAUUUUAAGAAUAUUCAUUCCAAGGUUUUUAGAGAAAUCAAACUACAAGUCCUCGACGUUUGCUUUUGUCCAAUUUGCUAAUGAGGAAAGUAGGAAGAGAGCUAUCCAGUAUGUGAAUGGGAAGUGGUUUGAUGGGAGGAGAAUAUACGAAGGGGUUGCUAAGUAUCAAAAGGUAAAUAGGAAGGAGGAUGUUGAUGGGAAGAGCACGGUGAUGAUCAAGUCAAGAAAGCAGGAUUCGAUUCAGAAUGGGGUAAAGGCAUAG